CACCUAGGCCACCAUUCUCAGGACUAUUCUAGUCCCAUCUUGACACGUUGUGUUGCUUCAAAGCUUGCAGUCUUUAACUGCUUUCCUUCUCUUCCCUCCUUCAUUCUCUCUUUCAGUUUCUCUGUUUUUUUUACCAUAACUGGCUUCAUCCAUAAAGAAAACUCCGAGUGAAACACAACUGGAGAUCUUUGAUUCCUUUUGGGUCCUCUCCCAUUUCACCAUUUGGCAAAAGCCCAGUUUAGAACAUAGUACAUAGUACAUAGUACACAGUUCUAGAGUGGUACAAACUACAAACUCUUAGCAUUGAUUGAGCUUUUUGGGUCCCAAAUGGCAAGACAAAUGGACCCAGAAUCUGCUUCUGUUUCCGGCGGUUUACGUAUGAAUUUCUACGCGACCACUCUCUGCCUUGCUUAUCAGAGUCUUGGUAUUGUUUAUGGGGAUCUUAGUAUAUCCCCCAUAUAUGUAUACAAAAGUGCAUUCUCAGGUGGUAUGCAACUUUAUGAGGAGGAUCUUGAGAUUCUUGGGGUACUUUCCAUGGUUUUUUGGACUUUGACUCUUAUUCCUCUCUGCAAAUACAUUUUAUUUGUGUUAGCAGCAGAUGACAAUGGCGAAGGUGGAACGUUUGCUUUGUAUUCAUCACUAUGCCGACACUCAAGGAUGGGUCUUUUGAACACAGUUGAUCCUGCUCAUGAGCGUGUAUCUUCUUGCAGAUCUGAAACGUCUAAGGAUACAAGAAUGAGCUUACUCAUAAAAGAGUUUUUUGAGAAGCAUAAGAGUUCUCGAAUAGUAUUGGUGCUUGUAGUUUUUCUAGGGAUCGGCAUGGUAAUCGGUGAUGGUAUCCUCACUCCAACAAUGUCUGUUCUUUCUGCAGUCAAUGGAAUUAAAGUCGAAGUCCCAGACUUACAUGAGAAUUAUACUGUGCUCAUAGCUUGCACCAUCUUGGUUAGCCUUUUUGCUCUUCAGCAUUAUGGGACACACAGAGUUGGGUUUCUUUUUGCUCCAAUCAUGACAGCAUGGUUGCUAUGCAUUAGUGGGGUGGGCAUUUACAAUAUAUUUCGUUGGAACCCUGGUGUUAUAUGUGCUCUGUCGCCACACUAUAUUUACAAGUUCUUUGAAAAAACUGGAAGAGCUGGGUGGAGUUCCCUUGGAGGCAUUGUUCUUUGUCUCACAGGUACAGAAGCAAUGUUUGCUGAUCUUGGCCAUUUUUCCAAACUCUCUAUCAGGGUUGCAUUUUCAGGGCUUGUUUAUCCGUGCUUAGUUCUGGCAUACAUGGGAGAAGCUGCUUAUCUCUCCAAGCACAGAAUGGAUCUCCAUAGAAGCUUUUUCAAGGCCAUCCCUGAGGAUGUAUUUUGGCCGGUAUUCAUUAUUGCUACUCUUGCUUCUGUGGUGGGAAGUCAAGCAAUAAUUUCAGCUACCUUCUCAAUAGUCAGUCAGUGCAGGGGACUGCGCUGCUUCCCACGCGUGAGGAUAGAACAUACGUCAAAUCAGAUACAUGGGCAGAUAUACAUUCCUGAGGUCAAUUGGAUUUUGAUGGUAUUGUGUCUUGCUGUUGUCAUUGGAUUUCGAGACACUAAUAUGAUUGGCAACGCAUAUGGGCUUGCUGCAGUGACAGUAAUGUUCAUCACAACCUGCUUGAUGUUUUUUAUUAUUAGUACUGUUUGGAAGAAAAAUGUUCUGUUGGCAUUCUUGUUCGUCGUAAUCUUUGGAUCUCUUGAGCUACUCUAUAUUUCUGCAUGCCUCAGUAAAGUACAUAAAGGAGGCUGGCUUCCCCUUUUAUUUGCUGUUGUAAUCUUGUCUUUGAUGUCUAUAUGGAAUUACGGGACUGUAAAGAAAGAUGCAUUUGAGCUACAGAACAAGGUAUCCUUGGAUAGGCUGCUAAGCUCUGGGCUAAGCCUAGGUAUCAAAAGGGUCCCUGGAAUCUGCCUAGUUUACUCUAACGUUGCCUCUGGUGUCCCUCCAAUGUUUGCACAUUUUGUCACAAACUUCCCAGCAUUUCAUCAUACUCUCAUAUUUGUGACCCUUAAGUCUUUGAUGGUACCGAAAGUUCCAGUGGAUGAGCGUUUUGUUAUUAACCGGAUUGGCCCUCCAGAAUUGCUUAUCUUUCGGUGUAUUGUAAGGUAUGGAUACAAGGAUGUAAGAGAUUGCUACAAAUUUGAAACUCAACUGAUUGAAGAGGUGGCAGAGUUCCUGAAACAGGAGGCCCAUAGUAAAGAGAUGGCAGUCAGAGGGCAGUCACCGAACUUUAUGUUUGCUGCUGUGGGAAAUGAGGUUAGUAUUGCCAGUUCUGAGCAGUGGAGAAACGAGAUUAAGGGUGGCAGUGUCGAGUGUCAGAAGGUGAACGAACUCAAGGAGGCUAGGGAAGCUGGUGUCGCAUACAUGAUGGGAAAUACUCAUGUUGUGGCGAGUGACCUAUCGCCUUUCCUGAAGAAGUUUGCAAUUGACAUUGUCUACGGUUUUCUAAGACGGAAUUGCAGGCGUCCAGCAAUCGCCCUUCAGAUUCCUCAUACCUCACUGAUCGAAGUGGGAAUGCUUUAUCAGGUGUAACUUUAGCAUGGAGUAAAUACCCUCAGAGGCAAGUAAGGAGCUAGUUGAUAAAGAAAAGCUUUUCCUUCCUUUACCAAAGCUUUUACUUGAUGAAGGAAUUAGACCGAGGAAAAUAAGUUUAGCUACGUACAUGGUGCAGAUUGUAGUUGAUAAUAGGAAACCUAGAAUAGGCAACACUAACAACCGCCACUUCUAUGUGCUCCGUAGUCCAUGAGAUAUAAUAAACAAGAACAGUUCUCUUUUUUCACCCUUUUUCUCCAUUUUUCCCACUAAUCUGGUAUAUGAGUUCUGAAGCCCCUUCCAAUCUUACAUGUAAUUAUGCAACACCAAGUCACUAACACUAGUUUGUCUAUGUGAUGAUCUUUUUUGGGCAUCUCGGUUCAUAUUUUUUUUGAACCAUCACUUAA